AUGACGGGAUCGGUGGAAGGGUCGCCUUCGCGCGGUCACUUAAAGCCAGCCGACGGAAAGGGUUUUGGUCAGGAUGCAGUGGAUCGCCAAGAACAAGGCGUGUCUCCGGAGGAGGACUACGACACGGAGAGAGUCGAGCAAGUGUACAGAAAACUUGACCUACGAAUCAUCUCAGCAUUCUGGAUUCUGUACUUCCUCUGCUCCGCCAUCAGAUCCAACAUUGGCAUCGCCCAGACUAUGAACAAGUCCGUGGGUCAUGAUCUGAUGACGAUCUUGAACCUGACCCCAAGGGACACCUCAACGGCACUCUCAUUGUUCUAUGUGGCCUAUGUCAUCUUCGACUGCCCCUCCAACCUAGUCAUGAGUAAGCUGAGCCCGCGAGUCUGGAUGGCCCGUAUAGUGUUUGCCGUCGGUGUCAUUGGGACUUGUUUUGCUGCCGUGCAAGACGCAUGGAGUGUCAAGCUUCUGCGCUUCCUCCUGGGCGUUGUCAUUGCUGGUAUGUGGCCCGGCAUGGCCUACUACCUCACCUUGUUUUACCCUCCCUCGAGGACCGGUAAGCGAAUCGGGCAAUACUUCACCGCGGCUCAGGUUUCAGCAGCUGUUGUUGGUCUUGUGUCUGCUGGAUUCCAGCAGAUGGAUGGUCUUGGAGGUCUUGUGGGAUUCAGAUGGAUGUUCCUCAUCUACGGCCUCACCGCUGUGAUCUUGGGGUUCGGGCUUUUGUGGUGGCUCCCAGAACGACCACUGCCCCCUGGACAGGAACGUGUCCGGAGCCGUUGGACCAAGUGGCUGCCGCCUACCCCUGAAGCACUGACGGGAGAAGAUGCUAUUGUCCACUAUAAAGAGCUGAGAAGGGUCUACCACCCUAGAUCGUGGACAUUGAGGGAUCUCGGCCUUGUUCUCAUUGACUGGCGCUUAUGGCCCCUGACUUUCAUGUACUUUGGGGUUGUGGGAGUUGGCAUAGGCACCCAACUCUACGGCACCGUCAUAAUCUCCUCCAUAAACCCCGACUUUACUGGUGUGCAGCUCAGUCUUUUGUUUGCACCCAUCUGGAUUAUGGAUCUGAUUGCCAUCCUGCUCGUCACUCCAAUCUCUGACCGGUUCCACCGCUACCGAGCCGAGUUCUUUUCCGCCGCAACAUCGAUACAAAUCGCUGGCCUCCUGACCGUCUCGUUCGCUCCUCGGACCAACCCCUGGGCGCGCUACGGAGGUCUUCUUCUCGUCGGCUUUGGACUCGGACCCACGGUCCCCAUCUGCAUGACCUGGACCAACGAGAUCUUUCAGCGUCGCCACGGCGAGGUGGGCGUCGCCGCCGCCUCGGCCCUGGUCUCUGGUCUUGGUAACCUGGGCAGCAUCGUGACCACGUACGCCCUGUACACUGGAUGGCCCGAGGAUGCUACGCCAGGUCCCCUGCAGUACCGCAACAGCAACCUAGUCAUGAUCGCGAUCCUCGUCGUUAGUAUCACCAGCAGUUUUGCGAACAAGGCUCUUCUGAGAAUGUUUGGUAACGAGCCUUCCCGGAAGCUUACUGCCGAUGGAAUUUCGGCCUCCGGGGAUGAUGGCAGCUUCCAGGACGGGGCAGCUCGCCGCGAGGCUCAGCAACGUGGCUUCGGUCGUCUUUGGGGAAAACCACGUUCCUAA